GCCAGGCAGACAAGAGGAUUCUAGAGUACUAGAGGACACCACAAAAGUCAGAGAAAGGAAUUAGAGCAGACUCUCUGGAGGAAGCAAAAACUCGUCCUCUGGGAUCACUUACAGCUUGAGAACUGAUAUGCAUCACACCUCCUGGUGGAAAAUACAUUAAAGAACCUGUUAGUGUCAUAGAUUUGAUACCUCCAAUGAUACCAGCAUCGAAAGGUAAGAAUAUUAAAAUUCAACCAACUUUGAGCAAAAUGAGCCAGGAAGAAAUAGAGGACAGUUGGUUUCGUCUUCGUGAAGAACACAUGUUGCUAAAGAAGCUUUCUUGGAAGCAACAGGAUGAGAUCAAAAGGAUGAGGACAGCCUUGCUGCGGUUGACAGUUGCCGGCCGGGACCUGGGGGCAGAGGCGGCCACCCAGGAGCAGCUCUCAGAGCCGGCCAGGCGGAGGCGGGACGCGGGGCGGCGGCAGCAUCCCCCUAAGCACCAGCGCCCCCUGAUGCUGGGGCCGCAACAGCAGUUCCAGCGCCGCGGCGCCCCUGUUUCCCACCGCACGCAGCCUCGGGUCCAUGUGGGACAAAGACAGCUCCACAGCGCGGGCGCUCAAGCGCCAGAGAAACCCAGGAGGGAGCCAAGAGACAGGCUGAGCCACACAGCCCCUCCCACUUUCAAGGAGCAUGUGACAAAUGAGAAAAACAGAGAUGAAAUAUCCAGUGGACCCAGCGAACUCAAAGUCAUAAUUGUGAAUAAGCUCAUUGGUUUAUGCAUGCCUAACAGUGCCCACAGUAUGACUAGCAAUACUAUGCAAGUGGGAGAAUCACCCAAGUCUCCUGAGACAAUGUGGUCCAAAGAUGAAGAUUUUGAACAGAGAAGCUCUUUGGAAUGCGCUCAGAAGGCCACAGAGCUUCGAGCUUCUAUUAAGGAGAAUAUAGAGCUGAUUCGACUUAAGAAGCUCUUACAUGAGAGGAAUACCACGCUGGUAGCGACAAAAGCACAAUUAACAGAAGUUCAAAAGGCAUAUGAAACUCUGCUCCAGAAGAACCAGGGGAUCCUGAGUGCAACCCAUGAUGCCCUCCUCAGCCAAGUGAGUGAGCUGAGGGCAGAGCUGAAGGAGGAGAGCAAGAAGGCUGUGAGCCUGAGGAGCCAACUGGAAGACGCAUCCAUUCUGCAGAUAACAUUGAAGGAGUUUCAGGAAAGAGUUGACGAUUUGGAAAAAGAACGAAAAUUGUUGAAUGACAACUAUAACAAACUCUUAGAAAACAUGCUGGACAGCAGUAAUCCUCCCCACUGGAGCCAAGAGCGUGGAGGAGAACCGCUACAGCAGAAAGUCUCUCAGUUGCAGCAUCAGCUGGAUGCUGAGCUGGAGGAGAAGAGAGAAGUCUUACUUCAGCUGUCCAGAGUGACAGCUCAAAACGAGGAUCUGAAGCUUGAAGUCACCAACCUGCUUGAGAAACAUAAGCAGGAAGUAGAGAUCCUCCAAAAUAAAGACACAAUUUCCCAAUCUACUGACAGGCCAGCUGAGCCAGCCACUCCCCCACCUCUGUUCCUUGAGGCCACUCAGAUAGAGCUCUGUGAACCAAAAAAACAAGGAGAAAAGAAACUGUCCCAGUUGUUAAGUGAGUUGCAAAUAUCAUAUGCAGAGACCACACUGGAACUAGAAAAGACCAGAGACAUGCUUAUUCUGCAGCGCAAGAUCAACGUGUGUUAUCAGGAGGAACUAGAUGCAAUGAUGACAAAAGCCGAGAAUGAGAAUCAAGAUCACAGUGAAAAAAUGGAGAGGCUGAAUAGACUCCUAGACCUCAAGAACAAUCGUAUCAAGCAGCUGGAAGAACAGCUCAAAGAUGUGGCUUAUGGUACCCGACAGAUGUCAUUAUAUCUGGAAACACUGCCAGCCCAUAGAGAUGAGGAUAAAGUGAACAUUUCUCUGUUGCAUCAAAGUGAGAAUCUGUUUGAACUGCACAUUCACCAGGCCUUCCUGACAUCUGCUGCUCUGGCUCAGGCUGAAGACACUCAACCUACCACUUUCUGCACCUAUUCCUUCUAUGAUUUUGAAACCCACUGUACCCCACUAGCUGUGGGGCCACAGCCACUUUAUGACUUCACCUCCCAGUAUGUGGUCGAGACAGAUUCCCUUUUCUUGCACUACCUUCAAGGGGCUUCAGCCCAGCUUGAGCUUCACCAGGCUCUAGCCAGUGAGCACCACACCCUUGCAGCCGGAUGGAUUUGCUUUGACAGGGUGCUGGAGACUGUGGAGAGAGUCCAUGGCUCUGCCACACUUACUGGAGCUGGUGGAGAAGACUUUGGGGUGCUAGAAUACUGGAUGAGGCUGCACUUCCCCAUAAGAUCCAGCCUACAGGCAUGCAAUAAGCGAAAAAAAGCUCAGGCCUACCUGUCAGCCUGGAGGGCCCAGGAGGAUGAGGUUGCCCUUUCUCUCCAUCCAAGACCAGCAUAUCUCCAGUCCAAAUCAGAGACUUGGAAGCAUCAGAAUGAGCUGCAGGUGGAAAUCACCAGAUGCUGUGGCCUCCAGAGUCGACGGCUGGGAACCCAACCCAGUCCGUAUGCCAUGUACCGUUUUUUCACCUUUCCUGAUCACGACACGGCCAUCAUUCCAGCCAGUAACAAUCCCUACUUUAGAGACCAGGCUCAAUUCCCAGUGCUUGUGACUUCUGACCUGGAUCAAUAUCUGAGACGGGAGGCCCUGUCUAUAUACGUUUUUGACGAUGAAGACGCAGAAUCUGGCUCCUACCUUGGCAAAGUCCAAGUGCCCUUGCUGCCUCUUGCACAAAACAAAUCCAUUAAAGGUGAUUUUAGCCUCACUGAUCCUGCGAGAAAACCCAAUGGAUCUGUUCAGGUACAGCUGGAUUGGAAGUCUUGCUAUCUAUCUCCCGAGAGCUUCCUGAAAGCAGAAGCUCAGACUGAUGAGAACGGCGCCAACCGCAGUUCAGAGAUCUCAUCUGAUGAGGACAAGGCUUCCUUUCCUUCCCAGGUGGUAUCUGCUGAGAUUCCCAUCGCAGCUGACCAGCAUGCAACUAAGAGAAAACCUCCUCAUGUGGGAGAAAGAAAGGAAAGGGAACACCAGGUUUUAAGCUACUCAAGAAGAAAACACGGCAAAAGAACAGGUAUCCAAGGAAAGAACAGAAUGGAGUAUCUUAGUCGUAACUUCUUAAGUGGAAAUACACUACAGCAGGUGAACUACACUGAAUGGAAAUUCUCAGGGUUUAACAUCUCCAUAGAUGAUUAUUUAAAGAAUCAGAAAAAGGAAGAGGAAAUGACAUCAUUCCCUUCAGCACUGAUACAAAAUGAAGCUCUCCAUCCUGUAAUUGCAGAUAAAGAAUCCUGUGAACAAGCUUCUGAGGUCAGUGAAGCACAAACUACAGACAGUGACGACAUAGUGACAGCCAUAUCUCAGAAAUGUCCGAAGGCAGAUUCAGAGAAGAUGUGCAUUGAAAUUGUCAGCCUGGCCUUCCACUCAGAAGCUGAAGUGAUGUCUGAUGAGAACAUAAAACAGGUGUAUGUGGAGUACAAGUUCCACGAUCUACCCUUGUCAGAGACCGAAACGCCUGUGUCCCUGAGGAAACCGAGGGCCGGAGAAGAGAUCCACUUCCACUUUAGCAAGGUGAUAGACCUGGACCGCUUGGAGCAAAAAGGCCGGAGGCAAUUUCUGUUCGACAUGCUGAAUGGACAAGGUUCUGAGCAAGGACGUUUAAAGUUCACAGUGGUAAGUGAUCCUAUGGAUGAGGAAAAGAAUGAAUGUCAAGAAGUAGGAUAUGCAUACCUGAAACUGUGGCAGAUCAUGGAAUCAGGAAGAGACAUUAUAGAGCAAAAGCUAGACAUUGUUAGCCCUGCAGACCAGGCUACCCCAAUAGGAAGUCUGAAGGUGUCCCUUCAAGCUGUUGCUGCCUUCCAUGCUAUUCACAAGGAGAUGACCGAAGAUUUGUUUUCGUGAUAGAACAAGGGCUAUUCCAUUCUAAACUCUGUGAGGGAACCAUAGUAAAAAAGUCUCUUAUAAAGUAACUUGCUAAUCCAUAA